AUGGCUCUCUGGGUGCUGGCAGCAACCUGUGUGCCACUAAGUCCAGGUGUUGCCACAGAGACAGUUACCACCUGUGAAGUCAACACUGUCCAUUGCCUGAGCUGUGCUGGCGGAGUGAUCGGUGUGCAGGAAGCACUGUAUGGACGUGCAGACAGUGUGACCUGCGGUGACGGAAGACCUCAGGAACAGCUUUCCAAUACAGAGUGCUCGACAAGAGGAACAGUGGACAUCCUCAAGAAAUGGUGUGAUGGAAAAAAAGCGUGUUGUGUCUUUAAAGUAUGUCUUCUUCCUCUUCUUCUUCUAAUGUUUAAUGUGAUUGCUGUUAUUUUGACAGUUUACCAUGUGACCUCUGAGCACUCUUUGGCCUACCUGCAGUGUGAUGAAGGCCAGGUUACAACUGUUUACUGUGCUGAUUAUGGACGCCACGACCAGAGCACAUGCACAUACAUAUGGCCUGCUUCUGAAAUCCAUAAUGCUGACUGCUCACGUUUUGCAAGCACAAUUUCAAGUAGUACAAGCUGCAAUGGGAAAAACAGCUGUAUUAUCAAAGCGAGCAACUCAGUAUUUGGAGACCCCUGUCUCAUAACUUUCAAGUACCUGGAGGUGGCUUAUGUAUGUGGAUAUCCUUCCAUCACUCCAAUAUAGGCUAAAUGUAGCCUACUGAAAUUACAGUAAGAUGACAAUAAAAUUACAACACAUUUGACCAGCAG